AUGAAAAUACAAUUAAUAUUAGUUCUUCUAAUAGCAGUCAACACUCAAUCAUUUUUGGAAGAAUCCGCAUAAUAUUACUAAACUCCAUUUGCUCCAAUAAUGAUUUAAGAAGAUGUGUUAUAAUAAGAAAUAGAAACAGCAAUAUCUCCAGAAUAAGAAUAUGUUUAUGAUCCAGAGUCAGUUUUAUAAUCUGCUAAAGAAUAAUAAAUUUUAAUAGCUAGAAAUUAUGAGUAAAACUUACCUGCUAAAGGUGACUGCAUAAUAUUAUAUUCUGAAUGCAAUUUCAGAGGAUCAUCAUUUAAGUAUUGUAAUUAACCAGAUGAAGUGUUAUCAUUUCAACUUCCGAUUUAAUCUGUUUAUGUUCCAAUUGGGUAUUAAUAGUAUUUAUUAAGAUCUUAAUUUUAAAUGACUGAUGCUUAAGAGGGAAAUAAAGUAAAUAUGUUAUUAAGUCAUGAAUGUAUACCAUCUGGUUUACAUUUACCAGAACCUUAACUCUAAGAGGUUGAAAACACUGCAAACAAUUGGUUUAGUGAAUUAAAGGACUCUGAUAAGGCUAUUUUAGAUGAAGGUGAUUUAUCAACACCAAAAAUUUAAUACUUUGAUAAUGAUGGAAAUGUGAUUAGUAAAUUAUCAUACGAUUAUUUCAUCAGGUAGAGAACAAUAUUAAAAAAUGGUUGAAGAAGAUGCCAAGAGAUCUUAUGGAAUCUUAACAGGAUCAUCCAAUUUAGCAUCUCCAGGAGAACAAUAACCAUUAUAAUAAACAGCUACUAUUACUGUUGAAGAAAUGCCUGCUGAAAAAGAAGCAUAAUAAUAAGAAUGAACAUUAUUAAAUAUUUAGAG